AAAAAUGAGUGUUGUGUCAUUAACCCACAUAAUGUAUACUACAGAGAUAGUAUCAGUGAACAUAGCUUAUCAAACCAAUAAUGAUAAAUAUACAGUGUGAUCUAACAAACGGUUCCUCGUGUUUUUUAGGGCCACGUCACAGUCUGCUUCUCUUUGGUCACAAUGGAUGCUUGUCCCUCACGCCCCAGGCACAAAACAUCUUGCAUUUAAACACACAUGGGGCCUUUGUGCAAACAGACUGAUUGCCAAAGCAAAAGCUGUUUUACUGCACGUCUCUCACAACACAAGCUGUACUACUGCAAAUACAAAACAGAGCAAAGUACACGGACAGCUUGCUUUAUGUCAACAACAAAUACGUUUGACAUUGGCGUCAUUUGGAUAGUCGGGUCUGCAGAGGGGAAAUCACACAAAUUAUUUGCCGUAACUUGUUUCUAUAUGCCUCUUUUGCAGCGUCUGUGAAUGCUAAACAGGAGUUUAGAGAGCAAACAAAUAAAAUAUCAACAUCAGUCCUGUGCUGAAGAAACACAUGGCGGAACCGGAGCUGUCGUCCCCAGCGGACUCGUCCCUGCAGUCCCAGCGUUCAGUGCCGCUCUCGUUGUCGUUCCCGUUCCUGCGAGAGGGCAGUGGCAUGUGGGAGAGAAGAACUUUGCAGCCGGGAGAAUUACCCAGUCCACUGCCCACCAAACGCACACGUACAUACUCCACGACUGUACGUGCUAACGCAGGUCCCAUCUUUAAGGGUGUGUGUAAGAACUUCUCCAGGUCACAGGGUCACGGUUACAUCAGACCGGCUCAUGGAGGAGAGGACAUCUUUGUGCACAUCUCAGAUAUUGAAGGAGAGUAUGUUCCGAUGGAGGGAGACGAGGUGACGUAUAAGGUGUGUCCAGUCCCACCCAAGAACCUGAAGGUGCAGGCCGUAGAGGUCACCAUCACCCACCUGAAACCAGGAACCAAACACGAGACCUGGUCUGGACAGAUCAUCAGCUCGUAGGACCGGAGCAGAGAGGAUUGUGAGGACAUAAUAAAAGGACGACUGUAGAGCAAAGCAUCAUGGGAGGGUUUUUGAAGGUCAAAGGGAAGAUGGUGAAUGCAGAGAAUGUGUUACAUGAGUUUACAAGACGAGAUCAGGGUAGACACGUGUCGUGUGAAUGUUUAGGCCCGAAACGUCCUCUAUGCAAUUAUGUAAACACUGCUGUGUACUGGUGUAGAGUAUGUUUCUAUAGGUGGAAACAAAGAGAGAAAGAGAUUAUGUAGGAUGGUCGCACAUCCUAAAAUUCAUGAACUGUGAAAGAGUUUAAAGGGAUAGUUCACCCAAAAAGGAAAAUUCUCUCAUCAUUUACUCACCCUCAUGCCACACGACUCCAGUGGUUUAAUCCAUGUCUUCAGAAGUGAUAUGAUCAGUGUGGGUGAGAAACAGAUUACUUUUAUGCUGCCUUUAUGUGCUUUUUGGAGCUUGAAAGGUCUGGUCACCAUUCACUUGCAUUAUAUGGACCUACAGAGCUGAAAUAUUCUUCUAAAAAUCUUCAUUUAGGAAAGAAAGUCAUACACAUCUGGAAUGGCAUGAGGGUGAGUAAAUGAUGAGGGAAUUUUCAUUUUUGGGUGAACUGUCCCUUUAAAUCAGCGAUUUAGAGGCACACACUGUACGAUCAACACACGUUGCAGUUUUCAGCUCUAUUUAUUUUUAUUUAUGCAUUAAUUGUGGGUAAUUUUAUGCUAAAUUUAUGGUAAUAGGGUGAAUCUCAUGAAACCCGUCAAGAAAACGUUCAGCUCAUAUUUCACAGCAAAAAAAAUAAAAUAAAA